CCACAUCUAACCGGGGCUAACGUCAACAAUACUCGGAUCGUCGACGUAAAGUCACUUGUGAUUGUGAAAUCCCCAAGUGUCAUUAAUCCGUAAAUUGUACCGGUGAUGUCGGCGGCAGCGACAGACGGCGAAAUGGGCGACUUUGAGCCCUUGGAGGCAAAUUUAAAGAAUAUCGUCGAGCAGGAGACGCUGAAAUGGGUAUUUGUGGGUGGCAAAGGCGGUGUUGGGAAAACCACGAGUAGUUGUAGUUUGGCGGUACAACUUGCUAGGAAAAGGGAUUCCGUUUUGAUCAUCUCAACAGAUCCUGCACACAAUAUAUCAGAUGCAUUUGAUCAGAAGUUUUCAAAAGUUCCUAUAAAAGUAAAAGGGUUUGAAAAUCUCUAUGCUAUGGAAAUUGAUCCAAACAUAGGCUAUGGAGAGCUACCAGAUGAAUAUUUUGAAGGAGCUAGUGAUGCUAUGCGCAUGGGACGAGAUAUUAUGCAAGAAGUCUUAGGGGCAUUCCCUGGAAUUGAUGAAGCAAUGAGCUAUGCAGAAGUAAUGAAGUUAGUUCAAGGAAUGAACUUUAGUGUUGUUGUGUUUGAUACUGCUCCAACUGGUCACACACUGCGAUUGUUGUCAUUCCCACAGGUGAUAGAAAAGUCUUUGGGGAAACUUUUAAAGCUCAAAAAUCAAAUAAGCCCAUUUGUCAACCAGAUUGCUGGUCUUCUAGGCAUGCAAGAAUUCAAUGCUGAUGAUGUAUCUGGCAAAUUAGAAAGUAUUCUUCCUGUUAUACAAAAAGUCAAUGAACAGUUUAAAAACCCAGAUCAAACUACUUUUGUAUGUGUUUGCAUAGCAGAAUUUCUGUCUUUAUAUGAAACAGAGAGAUUAGUUCAAGAGUUAACAAGAUGUGGCAUAGACACCCACAACAUUGUAGUAAAUCAGCUGUUGCUACAAAAACCAGGUGAUCAGCCUUGCUCCAUGUGUGCUGCAAGAUGCCGUAUUCAAGCUAAAUAUCUCGAUCAAAUUGCAGAUUUGUAUGAAGAUUUUCAUGUGACCAAAUUACCUCUACUAGAACAUGAAGUUCGGGGUGUAGAGCAGGUUAAGCUGUUUUCAGAACACCUUAUAAAUCCUUACUCACCAUAAUCUUUACCAAACGUUAAUUUUUUAGAGCAUUGUGAUUUCCACUGAAAACCAUUCUAUACCAAAAAAAAUCAUAUGCAACCAUCAAAGCAGAUCAUGUACCCAGAGAUCGACACGCUCAAGUUUUGCUUUUUGAUUGUACGUAAAAAUUUGGGUUAUGUAACUUUGAGCCACUGCAAAUUAUCAUAUUUUGUUAAAGGUAUGCUUUUUGUAUAUGUACUUUACUAAUGCACAGUGCUGUGUAUUGUAAUAAUUAUAAUUCUAUUGAAGAACCUAGGAUGGGUAAUUGGUAUCCAAUUAUCAUUGUUCUAGAUAAUAAACCCAAAGAAGUUUGAGAUAUGCUCUUGUGGUACUGGUUUUGUCUGUAGGUGAUAUAAUUUUCAUUUAUUUAUAUUUGCAAUAUAUUCUAAUAGGAUUGGUGGUUAAUGCUGAAUAGUAAUGUUUUCUUACAUCUAACAGGCUCAGAAAUUAAUUUUUCUAGUUAUAAUCAACGUUAUGUUUCUACCUCUAGUUUUUGUAAAUUUAUGUUAUUAUUACUACAUAUUAUGGCUAAAAUCUUUAUUAGUACUUGGAAAUUUAUUUUAUUAAAUUUAUACUAUGUAUUUGUUGUUAAUACUAGCAACUGGGAGGACUAAUUGCUUUUAUCAUUUCAUUAAAUACAAUCCUUAAGACCUUGUGUUCUAUCUGGCACGUAACAUCCUUGGUUAUUUGUAUCCAACAUUUAUAAAUUAGCAUUGCUUGAUUACAGACAUUUUCAUAAUUCCUGAAAUGUUAUUUUGUGUGAUGUUUACCAUUCUCAAGGGUUUAAGCAAAACAUCAGCAUUCCUUUCUUAAGUGGUUAAAGGAUAAUUCAUUUGUCAAAGUUUAACCUCUUUCUAAAAUACCAGCCUGCAAAGUAUGAUUCAAUACCUGUUGGUAUUUUAUAGACUAUAGAAGAGUUUUACCAGUCUUCACAUACAUUGAGCAAUAGUCAAUGUCUUUUUAUGUAGUUUAAGGACAUAAAGAGGUUCUGUUUAUGCAAGUGAAGAAUUGUAAAUGCUUUUGAGUUGAAAUUCUUGUAGAGUCAAUAGGAGAACUCUUAAAGGUUAUAGAAAAAUUGUUUGCAUUAUUGAUAAGAUGAGCAGUUCACUGCAUGAAAAUUGCAUUGUAGAUAGUAAAUUUGAUUGAUUUUGAGUGAAUGAGUGCUUCCUCUGACAUUUGGUUUAAACAUGUAGAAUCCAGUUAAGGGACCUAUUUUCUUUAAUUUUAGCAUAUUUUUGGGGGUUGCUGAGAUUAUAUAAUUUGCUUUCUUUUUUUUAUUAACAAAUGUAACAAUUGUACAAAACAGUUCUCUCUGAAAAGUGGAUUUGGUGUCUUAAGAACAAAAUAAUGUACUGUAUACACUUUUAUAUGAUACUGGAGUUGUUAGUAGAUUUUGAUACCAUGGAAGAUGUGAUGCCAAAGUGCACUAUGCACUAUUUUAUGCAGUGUAUCUCAUUCGGGUGGUUCACCCUUGUCAUCAUUAUUCAUAUGUUUGUAUGAGGAGCAUUUUUUAAUACAUCCCAGGCUUUGUCCUCUUGUAUACUUAAUACAGUUGAAUUAUGGUGUAUAGUAUAUAUUGUUAACAGUAUUGAAGUUAGACUAUUAAAGAAAGAUAGGUAAGAAAUGAUUAAUUAUA